AUGAAUCUUGUAGACCAAACUGCUUUUGCCACUGAAAUCUUGGGAACACUAAGUUCUCGUGCUGUAAAAUAUCCACAGGAUUUUGCGCCUCCUGCUCAAACUCGACCUAAACCUGUCAUUAAGACUCUCCUCAACAAAUCAAAGAACAAAGCGCAAACUGGCGGCGUAACUGUCCCAGCCACCAGUAGCAGUGAUUCUAAUAAUGCACAAGAAGGCAAAUUGAUCAAAGUAAAUGUGAAAUCAUUAAAAGGCGGAGGAGUUUAUACGAUUCAAUUAGCCGAAACUGACACCAUCGUCGCACUAAAAGAAAAAAUUCGACCACUUGCGCAGUUAAGUCCAGCGAAUCAACGAUUGAUUCUAAGGGGAAAAGCGUUGAUCGAUACAAAAACGCUGGCGGAUUACAAUAUCACCGAUGAUACCACUAUACAUUUGGUACAGAAAGCCGGUAGUAUUGGUGGUGGUAUUUCAAUUUCUUCGCCUGCUGAAACUACCUCGACAAUAUCCUCAUCAUCAGUAUCUUUACCAACUGCUGUUUCAUCCAUCACUACUACCACGACCACUACAACCUCUACGAGCAAUAAUCGACUCUCGGACUCGGGAACAGGUACGGCAAAAGAUCCAAAGUUCUGGCGGGAUUUACGUGGUUUCUUGCAACAGCAUUUUAAAGAGACCGAUGAUGCUGAUCGUGUCUUAAAUGAGUUUUUGGGUGUAUAUAAAGAUUUAAAUGGAAAUAUUUCCAGUAUUCAAGAUUUGGAACGAUUAGCAACGAGUUCAUAA